GAGCCACGGGCCAGAGGUAGCUGGCCCCAGCCCCACCCCCAGCAAGGCCAAGGGGGGCAAGAUGUCGGCACUGCAGAGGCUGGAGAGCCUGGCCGGGCGCAUCUUCUCCUGGGGUCCACGGGGGGACCCUGGGGAUCCUGAAAGCACAGGGAGGGUUCCUGAGACAGAGCAUGCAGCCGCCUGGAACCAGCAGAUGAAGGAGUUCCUGGCCAAAGCCAAAGAAGAUUUCCUCAAGAAAUGGGAGAGCCCAUCACAGAACACAGCCAGUCUGGACCAGUUUGAUCGCAUCAAGACGCUGGGCACAGGCUCCUUCGGGCGUGUGAUGCUGGUGAAGCACAAGGAGACAGGCAACCACUAUGCCAUGAAGAUCCUGGAUAAGCAGAAGGUGGUGAAGCUGAAGCAGAUUGAGCACACCCUCAAUGAGAAGCGCAUCCUCCAGGCUGUCAACUUCCCCUUCCUCGUCAAGCUCGAGUACUCCUUCAAGGACAACUCCAACCUGUACAUGGUGAUGGAAUAUAUCCCAGGCGGGGAGAUGUUCUCCCAUCUACGGCGAAUCGGGAGGUUCAGCGAGCCUCAUGCCCGGUUCUACGCGGCCCAGAUCGUGCUGACCUUCGAGUACCUGCACUCACUUGACCUCAUCUACCGUGACCUCAAGCCCGAGAACCUGCUCAUCGAUCAGCAGGGCUACAUUGAGGUGACAGAUUUCGGCUUUGCCAAGAGGGUGAAGGGGCGCACCUGGACGCUGUGUGGGACCCCUGAGUACCUGGCACCCGAGAUCAUCCUGAGCAAGGGGUAUAACAAGGCUGUGGACUGGUGGGCCCUGGGUGUCCUCAUCUACGAGAUGGCGGCUGGCUACCCCCCCUUCUUCGCGGACCAGCCCAUCCAGAUCUAUGAGAAAAUCGUCUCCGGGAAGGUGCGGUUCCCGUCGCACUUCAGCUCGGACCUCAAGGACCUGCUGCGCAACCUGCUCCAGGUCGACCUCACCAAGCGCUUCGGAAACCUCAAGAAUGGCGUCGCGGACAUCAAGAACCACAAGUGGUUUGGUACCACUGACUGGAUUGCUGUCUACCAGCGCAAGGUGGAAGCCCCCUUCAUACCAAAGUGCAAAGGCCCCGGCGACACAAGCAACUUUGAUGACUAUGAGGAGGAGGAGAUCCGUGUCUCACUCACCGAGAAGUGCGCCAAGGAGUUUGCCGAGUUCUAGGCUGGGCUGGGCUGGGGGCUAUGCGGGGGGUGGGGCGGGGUGUAAUGGGGGGCGCAUCCACCCACAUCUGGGUAAUUGGGGCAGGGGGCAAGACAGGGAGCCCCAUCACCUGCCCCCCUGGCAGUGCCCAUCCCUGCCACCCCAGCUUUCUCACUAGCUUUAAUUUUGGGGGCUGGAGGACACUUCUAUGGCCAUCUGUUUGUUACCCAUCACCCCCUUGGGGGGGAUCAGACCCCCUAGGGGGCAAUUAGACCCUAUCCCUGGGAGGGGGUCAGAGCUCCUUGCCCCCCUGGAGGACAGUUAGGUCCCUCUCCCUGUUCCCCCUUCCCACCCUUCCUGGGGUGGAUCAGACCCUUCUGCCCCUGCCCCUUGUUUUAUAAUUGCCUUUUUUGUGGCAUCCAGUUCCCCUUUUUAAUGACAGAACAUGAGAAAUCGGCUCUUUCCAGGGAGGAAAUAAAAAGUACCCAGUUUUAAGCUCCAAGCCAGUCCCCUGUUCCUCCCACAACCCUCUGUCCUACCCCCCACCCAGCCAACUGGGAUUUUAAUGCUGGGUUUUAAUGGGAAUAGAAGUGGGUUUGGAGGGGGAGGAGUUUUCUCCCCCCCCCCCCCCCCCCGUUGAAACUGAGGUAAUUUUCAGCCCCCCCCCCAAUCUGUCUGUCUGUAUGAGGGGCACUGGGGUCCUAGCUGGAGUCGGGGGGGCUGAUAGACCCCCAUUUAAUUGUCAUAAGUCCCUCCCUUAUAGACUCAAGAGCUGGUUGCAUUGGGGCUGGGGUGGCGUAAAAGAUAACCCCCUUCCCCAUGUUGGGGGGGGUCUGUCUCCAUCACUAGCUCCCCCCCAUCAGCCCUGCCCCCCUAAGAUUCCUGGGGGUCUCAUCUCUCCUUGCCCCUCCAUUCCUGGCCCUAUUGUGCUCCUGGUCUUAUGCAGGGAGGGCUAUAGGCUGACAGAUGGGGGGUGUAACAUCAUGCACCAUCUGCCCACCCAGGUGCAGGGGAGUGUCUGGGAAGGGGCUGGGCUGUCUCUAUUCAUCUCCUCCCCCUCCCCCCCCAAUUUAUUCC